AUGUCACUCCCCCUUCCUACCCUCUCACCAUCCGAGAUAUCAUACAUCCAAACCUCCUUAUCCGACCCCAUACACCCUACUCGAUCCGACUCACGUUCACUUCUCGAUACGAGGCCUAUCGAAGUUUCCUAUGGGGUAUUCCCCCAUGCAAACGGUUCGUCAAGGAUAAAGAUCGGUGGGACAGAGGUAGUGGCAGGUAUAAAGUUGGAAGUUGUCGAUUCGUCAGAAUCAUCAAAAGGAUGGAAAGGAAAAGUAGAAGUUGACAUAACACCCCAAGCAUUCCCAGCAUCUCAACCAUCCAACCUCUCUUCAACCUCGGCUUACCUUUCUUCAAUCCUCCAAUCCCAUUUCAUACCCUCCAUCCCUCCCUUGGUCAUCAUACCAAAUCAAAAAUAUUUCCAACCUCAACUGCAUCUCACGCUAAUAUCAUCCGAUGGGAAUGUCCUAUCAGCUUUGGUGUUGGGAGCAAGAAGUGCAUUUGCAGAUCUAAAAUUACCCAAGAUCAAGAUAAUAUCAUGGGUGGGUGAAAACGGAGAGAACGAGGGAGAAGGGGCAGAAGGUGUAAUAGGUAAAGGUGAUUUAUCAGGUAUAAAAGCUGCUAUUAAAUCUAAAUCGAAAAAGGGUAGGAAUAUAACGAAAGGAGGGGAAGAUUGGGAUCUGGAUCUAUCGGAGGAUCUGGAUCAUAUAGAUGGGAGAGAAGAAUUACCCGUGCUGGUCACCCUCAAUUUGGUUCCAAAUUCCCCUAAUAUCUUUUUAGAUGCGACAUCUCAAGAAGAGUCAGCCUGUCCAUCCAAACUGCAUUUAUUCUUUACCACCUCAUCCACAGAGAAAUCAUUGAAAGUCUGUGGAAUAAGAUUUGAAGGUGGUCAAUCGAUCGAUAAUUCAAGGAUCAAAGGACUGAUAGAGGAAGGAGCGAGGAUAGCAGGGGAAUUGAUAUCAGGACUCAAUGGCAAUUUGCCUCAGUAA